AUGAAGCUUCUGUCAACUUUUGUCGCUGUGAGCAAUGCUUGGAGCCUCGGCAGCUGCACAACGAAUGGAACUGCCGUCGACUCCGACGUUACUUGCAGAAACAGCUGCGACUUCGACUGGAUCGGUCGAGGUCCAAAAGUUGGAUACAAUGAGUUGGGCAAGCACGAAAACGGGUUUCUCGCUUCGCUCAACCCUCAAAAAUGGAGAUUCGACUACUUGAACAAGGACGGAGCCUACGUCGGAGUUCUGCGAUUCGAUAGAACCUUCUGCAAACGGCCCAUCUUGAAAGCAAUCGGCGCUGGACGAAUCAACAUUGAAGUCUUCGACCGAACUGAGGAAAACUACAUGACUGAAGCUCAAUAUUGGGAGAUCCCGGAAGACGGCAGUGUCAAUAAAGAAGCUGCUUUUGUGCAGUUCCGAAAAAGCGGAUAUCAAGCGGGGGAAUUCGUGAAAAAAGGAAAAGAUCGAUUUAUGGUCUCGAUGACUGGCAUCCAGAGCGAGUUUGCCCCCUUGGACCCGCCAAACGACAACGUUGUCUACGACGACUACUAUGAAUGCUUUCAGAACGUUGGAUUAAUGACGAUGCCUGACGAUGGCAAGGGAAUGCUCGACUCCGACUACACCCGUUGUGCCGCUUUUCAGCGAUAUGGGAAAGGUGCAAUCGAUCGUUUAACUAUCAAUUUGAAUACAAAUUAA